AAAAUGAGAAUAACUUCGAUUUUUUACGUAAUAGUAUUACUCUCAUUAUACUCAACAAUAAUAAAUGCAGCACCUGCAACAUCCGCGGUACCCACACUUGAAAAGCGUCAAGAAACUGAACAAGAUCCAGACUUUAAUACUAAUAUUUUCAAAUCCUUCAAACCACUAGAUAUCACUGCAUCACCUAUAACAAGAGAAUAUACUCUAACAUUAGCUAAAACAGAAUUAGCUCCAGAUGGGUUCUCGAGACAAGUUUGGACUUCAAAUGGUCAAUAUCCCGGACCAAUGAUACGUGCUAAUAAAGGAGAUCAAAUAGUUAUUCAUAUACAAAAUAAUUUGGGUGAUUUUACUACGAUUCAUUGGCAUGGUAUAUUUCAAAGAGGCACUACAUUUUACGAUGGUGUUGCUGGACAGACACAAUGUCUUAUUGCAACUGGUACAACGUUCACUUAUAAUUUCACAGGAGGUGAACAAUAUGGGACUUAUUGGUGGCACUCCCAUUUCAGAUCCCAAUAUGUGGACGGGCUUAGAGGUGCAUUAAUUAUUCAUGAUCCGAAAGACCCUUACUUAAAUGACUACGAUGAAGAGUUCGUAAUGACUUUAUCGGAUUGGCACCAUGAAGAAUCGGAGUCAUUGGUAAAAAAGAGAAUGGCGAAAGGUUAUGAUGGAUACAAUCCUAUCCCUGACUCAGGGCUUAUUAGUGGUCGUGGAAGAUACGAUUGUUCUAAAGCACCUCAAGGUUCCAAAUGUGUACCAGAUAACCCAUUGGCUGUUUAUGUUAUUGAAAAAGGAAAACGCUAUCGUUUCCGUGUCAUCAACACAAGCGCGGAAGCACCUUUUACUUUCUCGAUUGAUCAACAUCCACUAAGAAUCAUUGAAGUAGAGGGUGAAAAUGUCAAGCCCAUAACUAUGAACAAGAUAAAUAUAGCUGUUGGUCAACGCUAUUCUGUAAUAGUUAAUGCCGAUAAAGAAGUAAAUAAUUUCUGGAUUCGAGCUACAAUCGUCAAACAAUGCAUACAUGUUACACCAGAAACCAUUAAUGUAAAUUCAUCAUUAAAUUAUAAAGUAACUGGUAUAUUAAGAUAUAACGGAGCUCCUGAAACCUACCCAACUACACAAGAAUGGGAUGAAAAAAUUCUUAAUUGUAGAGAUGUAGAUCACAAUCUAUUAAAAUUAAAUCCACCCAGAUCUCCACCAGUUACUCCAACAGAUAAUUUCACCCUUCGAAUUACAUUUGAUAAUAUUGAUGGUGUUGGUCACGCUCUGGUAAAUGGUUCGCCCUUCAAACCGGAAGUAAAUGAUCCAACCGCAAAUAAACUUAUGUAUGGUGGGGAUGAAACACCUAGUAUGUUAGAUCCGGAUCAAAAUGCUUUUGUUUAUGAUACUCAAAACGGUUCUGUUGAAAUUUCUUUAAUCAACGAAAAUAUGGCGACACAUCCUUUCCAUUUGCACGGACAUAAUUUCUACAUCAUGGCUCAUGGUCCUGGUAAAGUACCUGAUCCAUCAAUAUUUAAUUUGGUAGACCCUGCUGUACGUGAUACUAUAACGGUUGCUGGUAAAUCAUGGGCUGUAAUUAGAUAUAAUAUUGAUAAUCCUGGUGUAUGGGCUUUCCAUUGUCAUAUUGAGUGGCACGUUGAAAUGGGAAUGGUAGGACAACUCAUAGAAAGGUUCAGUGAAUUAAAAGGCGACCCGAUACCGCCACAAGUAAGGAGUAUAUGUACCCUAGAUGAUGAUGAUGAUGAUGAUGAUGAUAAAAAAGAUAAUAAUAAUACCGCUAAGAAAAGAUCAUUAAAAGCAUAUAAAAAUUAUUACAAACGCUCUGAUGUUCCUAACCAUUCCCGUCAUGUCAAAUAUCAAUUUAUACGUGGAAGUGCUUAUUAGAGGUGACGUAAAGGAUUUGGAUUGAAUUUGAAGAAUAGAAUAGAGAAGAGGUUUAUUUUGCGGAAAUUUUAUUAUAAUGUAAUAUUUUUAUUUCGUUCGGGAAUUUAAAUUUUUGUUUUAUUUAUUAUUUAUUAUUUAUUUAUUUAUUUUUGUAAAAACUUUCGUUUGUAUAUAGAAGAGAUGAUUUUUUUUUUUGUAAAAUAAGGAGGGAAAACAAACAAGGGGAAAGAGUUUAUCAUUAUUUAUUUUUCUUAUUAGACACAUACGAUACGCGCUAUUUUUUUUUAUAGAGUCGAAUCGAUGAGUUCUUUUCUUUCGAAUUUAAUAUAUAUAUAUUUAUUUAUAUCAACAUUUGUUCCGAUAAAUUUUUUUUUUAUUAAAACUCGAUCAAAAAAGAAA